AUGAGUGCUACUCGAGAAUCCUCUACCGAAACAGCUGAUCGUUAUCCUUUUGGCUACUCGACAGAGCUUACCUCGAAUCAUGAAUCCUCCAUAUGUACAGCUAAAAGGCUUAGGCAACGCUUACAACGACAACAAUCGGGACAGUCGGGAAGGCGGUAUACUGGUGAAAGUAGUGAAGGGUCAUCCUUGGUGGGUACCCCAACAGAAUCAGGCAGAUGCUUCACCUUUACAGCAGCACAACGUGUAUUGAGAACAGACCCAGAUAGGAAACCUUCAAUGAAUCAAAAUUUGUCUGAAAUGUUGUUAGAUGCGAUACAUAUGGAUGAUGCUAGCCUGGUAGAUAGGCUGUUGCUUUCACACUGUGGAAAUAAGGUAGAAACACUGAAUUAA